GGCAAGUGUUCGGUCAGUCGCGGCCGAGCCGCGCCGCGCGAGGGGCUUCGAUUUGACGUUUCUCCUCGCUGCGACCACUCAGCCUCGCUCGUCUACGACGCGAACGUCGUAAACGCCUUGCAGUUUCUCCGAUUGUUAAGGCUUUCAACUUCGAAAUGGGAACAUCGUGAGACCACCUCGUCAUACCCGCCACCCGUCGUCGUCAUCGUCGGAACGGUUCCCCAAGCGCAAGAGAGACACCGCCGCUCGUCGCGUACGCCGCUCCUGAUUUGACGGGGCCAAGGACGUUUACGUUUGCGAGCACAGAGUGCAUAUAGGUGGAAGACGCAGACAAUUGACAAACGGGAGAGGAACGAGACGAUCCCAGGUGGAAGACUGACGAGGCACGCAGUCCGUCGUCUAUCAUGGCGAGUUUGGCGAGCAGUUCAUCGUCGGCGGGGCUCACCAGGGCCCCGACGAUGCUGGAGCAACUCCUCGAAGAGAUCAAUUUCCAGAGAACGAAAGAGCUCAGGCAGAUGCUCAAGGAUGACUCUGGAUUCGUCGUGCUGCAGGGCACAACGUACUGGACGGAUCUGUUCGUCCGUCACUUCCUCUUUCAAGCAGAGCACGCUAUCGACGGCGACGAUUUGCUCUUUUUCGUCCGUAAGAAACACGUGAAGACCUCAUCGAGAUACUUGCCAAAGUUCGAGACCGAGGUCGAUGUGUUUCGUAAAGACAGCAAGAAACUGCCGAUCGGCGAUCCUGACAUAGAUUGGGAGGAAACUGUGUACCUGAAUCUCGUUGUGCACCAAUUCGACUACACGCUUACAUUGGCUAUCUGUACAAGAACGAGCCCUAAGGAAUUGCAAGUACUGCGAAGGCAUUCUCAGAAAGUAUACGCCAGUCCAAGUCGACGACGUAUGGAUGCUAAGGGUGAUCUCGAGGAAAUGACGUAUCCGCAUAUAUGCUUCAUGGUGGAUAAUUUCGAUGAAGUUUUUUGUGAUAUUUUAGUCAGGGAUGGGGAGAUGGUGUGCGUGGAGCUGGUCGCCUCCGACCGGGAAGGCGCGAUUCAGGGCGUCAUUUUCCUCGGUUCGAUCAGAUACGACGCUUUGAAAAAAGUUUAUGACGCCAGAUCGAGCCUGAGCACCAAAAUGGCUCAGCGGAUGACAUUCGGCCUCUUCUCCGGCGCGGCCUCGCAAAGAGUAGAAUUCGUACGAAUGAAGGGACCACGUGGCAAGGGACAUGCGGAGAUGGCCGUCACAAAACCGAAAGGUUCCGGUGCUGAGACGCCAACGUCGGAGCCGGGUUAUUGUGCGACCGACCUGUGGGACGCCGACUGGGACGACGCAGAGGAACUCUUCAUGUAUCGCCAUCAACGAAGGUUGUCCGAUCCCAGCGCAAACUUGAAUAACUUCGUGCGCGGCGGUUGGAGAACGAAACCAGAUACGGUGGCCACUAAGGCGCGAUCAGAGAAUGAGGGCCUCGACUCCAUGGCGAAUGGUCUCAGCGAGAUCGAGGCCGGUGACGUUCGAGACGCCGAUGUACAGGAUAGCAGCUGGGGCGGCCGGGGCUCACCGGGAAACCGCAGGAGUCCCCGAUCGUUACGUCGGCGAAGAUCGCCGUUGGUUCAGCAACAACUACAACAACACCCCGUCCACAACAAGCAACGACAACGUAAUGCCCGGGAACGAUCCGGAAUGAAUGAGAUCUCGCCGAUACGCAAGGAGACGAUUUAUCGCGAGACACACGGUUUCCACAAUCACCAGCAGAACAAUCAUCAGCAGAACCACCAGCACCAACACAUAGAGGUGGGCAGCGAGAUCUUAGUGCCGGCCGGCCGGUGCCUAACGGACGACAACGUCCGGCAGAAGUUAGACUCGGGCGCGAUAUUGGUGCACGGCAAGGAGGAACUGCCGCUGGGCUACGACGUGACUACCGCUACGGAGGACAAUAACCGGAAACGACGUCCGUACAGCGCCGGACACCUAUUCAAUCAUCAUAAUGGUUUAGAGAACGACGACGAGGAACACCGGCGGCUCAGCGAUGACGAGCUACUCAGGGUAAGGCGGUCUGACAGCCGUCGCCGUCUGCGUAGCGCCGGUUCCGAUCACGAGGACUACGCCUAUGGACAGAACAAGAACAAGAACGACGAGAUCAGAGACAAAAACGCGAACGCCCAUCAUGUGACGCGCAUCAACGGCGAGGUCGUGUCGACACGUCGACAGAGCGCCACAUUACCCCGAAGACGACGUCGAAGGGCGCUCUCAGGCAGCUUCGCGGGUAACCCCUUACCUCCUCAUCGAGUCACGCCAGACGGCACCGCGAUCUACUACUGGUGCGAGCUCCCGCGCCGCCCCGGCUCACAGGAGUUGGACGACGGGGCGUAUAAUCCACUUUGGACGAUGAGAGGUUUUACCCAAACCUUUCAUUUCUGGAAAGAGACGAAGCGAGCGCAGUCCGUACCUUUGAACGCCUUUUUAACGUACAUUACGUUACCAUGGUGGAGCAUAGCGAAAGAUAUUCUGGAUCACCGAGAAGGACCUAUCUUAACGUUUUAGCUGACAGUAUAGUACAUUCUAAUUCUAAUUUCAAUACUUUCCUUUUUUUACUUUGUACGUAUAUCGACAAUUGGCCCAAGGAAUAAAACAAUGUAUAGUUUAAAUAAU